AUUUUCCUGUAUUUAAGAGCCACCCAACAACAGAAGUUCAACAUUUAUUCACGAGUCUUUACAAAGCCACAAAUACAAAUUCAACCCUUUUAUGUGUCGCACUAUAAUGGAGAGUCCGUGUAUAAGUAAGCACAACUCAUCAUUGUUAGUAUUAAUGAUGUUACUGAGUUUCAUGGUUGGAUGGAUAGAGGGUGUUUGUAUGGAAGAUGAGAGGAAGGCACUCCUUGAAAUCAAAGCCUCCCUUCGCGAGAUACCAUACUUUUCUAAAAGCGACUUUCUUGGUCUCUCCACAUGGGUUGGUAAUGGCACUAGUGGCGAAUGUUGUGAUUGGGAGAGGAUAACAUGUGACCCAACCACCGGGUAUAUCACAGACCUAUAUUUGAGCGACAUCACCUCCAUGGAAUACGACGACUACUCAUAUUAUGUGAGGGCUCAGACUGAGAGAACUUGGUCGUUGAAUUUUUCAUCCUUCGCUCAUUUUAAAGAGUUAAGAAGUCUUGAUUUGUCAUGGAAUUAUAUUAACAAUACGAAAGGACUUGAAAGGUUGGAGAGUUUGAAGAAGCUGGAGAUACUAAACCUCAGCACUAAUUAUAUUGAAACCAACAUAUUUCCUUCAUUGGGUGCACUUACUUCACUCAAAAUUUUGGAUCUCAGUCUCAUGAAUUGGGGCAGACAAUUCCCACCGGCUCUCGACAUUUCUGAAUUUUCAUCUCUGGAAAACUUAGAGUUAUUGGAUCUUAGUGGAUGCGGCUACAAUGGUAGCUUUCAAAGGCAAGGUUCUGAGAGUGUUUCAAUAUUGAAUAAAUUGAAAAUUCUAAAUCUUAAUGGAAACUAUUUCAAUGAAAGCAUUAUAACAUCUUUAAGUGCGCUGCCAUCACUUACAGUCCUAGAUCUUUCAUUUAAUCGUCUAUCUGAAUCAUUUCCAUCUCAAGGACUUGCAAGUUUGUCAAGUUUGAAGAAGCUGGAGAGGCUUGACCUCAGUAGUAACUCAAUUGGAAAUGGCGUAUUUCCUUCAUUGAGUGCCCUUACAUCACUAAAAGUUUUGGAUCUCAGUGACAACGGUUUGGGAGGAAACUUUCCUGCUCAUGAAUUGGCUCCUUUGGAAAACUUGGAGGAAUUGUAUCUUGUUGGUUCAGUUCUGUUUAUAUAUGAAGGAAAACAAUAAAACAUACCUGUCACCGCAGACAGUGCAAAGGAUA